AUGCCGUUGAACCUUCAAAUGUCCAAUCGCUUCCACAGGUUGCCGCUAUGGGGUGAACCGGAGGAAUGGGGGUAUCGCCUCUUCCUGACGGCCGACAACUUCACCGUAUCCCCUUGGCACAGCGUUCCCCUGAACGCCGGCAAGGACCUGCACACCUUCAUCGUUGAGAUCCCAAAGAACACCGCAGCCAAGUAUGAAGUCCAGACGGAGGAGGCGCUGAACCCCAUUCAGCAGGACCUGACGAGCAACGGCUCUCUCCGCUACUACCACUCGGACAUCCCGUGGAACUAUGGUCUCCUGCCCCAGACGUGGGAGGACCCGGACUACCUCAACCCUGAUGUAAACGCCACGGGUGAUAACGAUCCCACGGACGUGGUUGAGAUUGGAGGGUCUGCACUUGAGACUGGCAGCAUCCAUCCAGUCAAGGUUCUGGGAGCCUACGCUCUGAUCGACCAGGGAGAGCUUGACUGGAAGGUCAUCGUCAUCUCACAGGCCGAUCCCCUGGCCGAGAGACUGAAUGACAUCGAGGACGUGGAGAGGGAGCUCCCGGGGGAACUGGAGAGGAUUCGUGUUUGGUUCAGGGACUCCAAGCUCCUCGAUGGAAAGCCUGCCAACACCUUUGGGUUCGAUGACCAGCCCGUGGACCGUGCACAGACGCUGGGGGUGAUCAACCAGACGCAUGGUUUUUGGCUGGACCUGGUCAGUGGGGCACGUGAGAACACAGAGAGCAAGCAAGAGGGGGCUCUCGAUCUAGACCGCGUCGCCCCUGCAGAGGCCGAGGAGCUGGCUGCCCGAGUCACCGAGCUGGAGUCCAAAGUCCUGGAUUGGCAGCAGCAAUACGAUGAUCUCUUCAAUGAGUAUGAAACAGCACGCAAGUUCUACCAGGGAUUGGAGGGUCACCUGGACCAGGCCCACGCCGCCGCCAUCAAGGAGAAGCGGCGGCUGACGGCCUCGGUGGCGGAGGAGGCUCGCCGCGCUGCAGUGGCCCAGACCCUGCUGGAAUCGGAGCGGGCCGCCAGGGAUGAGGCGGAGGCCAAGCUGGCGGCGCUGAGGGAAACUGUGGAGGAGCUGCAGGCCCGCCUGCAGGUGGCCAGGCAGGAGAGCAAGGCCGCGGCCGACGCCGCCCAGCUCGCCGUGGAGGAGGCCCACGCCGGGCUGGCCAGCGCGGAGGCCGCGUCGGCGGCCCUCCGCAGCGAACUCCAGGAGGCCCGCGCCGCCGCGGAGGUUGCCGAGGCUGCCGCCGAGGCCGUGCGGCAGGGAGGCCGUGCGGCGGCCGCGGCCGCCGAGGAGCGGACGGCGGAGGCGCAGCGCGGCCUGCGCGCCUCGGCCGACGCGCUGGAGGAGGCGGAGCGCCAGCUGGCGGAGGCGCGGGCCAUGCUGGCGCGCAGCGAGGUGCUGGAGGCGGAGCGCUCCGCCGGCCUGGCCAGGCUGGAGGAGGGCCAGGGGCGCCUGGCGGCGCGCGAGGCGGCGCUAGUGGCGCGCGAGGCGGAGCUCGAGGCGGGACUGCGGGACCUGCGAGACCGACGCGCCGAGCUGGAGGUCGCGCGCGGCGAGGCGGAGGCGCGGGUUGCUGGACUGGGGGCGCGCGAAGCCGCGCUGCGCGAGGAGGAGGUGGCGCUGACCGGGCGCGCCAUGGGCCUGGCCAGCAUCGCCGAGGAGCUGGAGCGUCGCGAUGGCUUGCUGGCCGGGCGGGAGGCCGAGGUUGCCGCCGGCGAGGCAGGGCUGCGGGAGCGAGGCGCUGCGCUGGAGGCGCGCGAGGCCCAGGCCACAGCGCGGGAGGGCCACUUGGAGGCGCGAGAAGCCGACCUGGCGGCGAGGGAGGUCGCCCUGGCGGCCCGGACCGCGGUCCUUGAAGGAGAAGGCCGGGACAGGGACGUCGUGAAGGGGCAGUCCCCCGGCAAGCGGGCGCGGUGCGAGGACGCAGCCCCAUUGAGUCCCCUGCCUGUCGUGGAAGAAGGCAUGGAGGAAGAAGAUGCGGGCGCCGAUGAGUUCCUGGACGCCCUGGAGGAGCUGCCCGCCCGGCCUGCAGGCAGGAUGUCAGCCAAGCGGGCGGUGACCAAGUCGAACGCCGCUGCCUCCUCCUCUCCUGCCCGACAAGAGGCGCGGUCGGCGGCGGGACGCAGGAAGACGGUGAGCAAGGCGAAGUCUCACCCACCUGCCGAGGAUGCGCCCAUUGCUGCCGAGGAGGCACCCGCUCCGGCCGAGGAGGCACCCGCUCCGGCUGAGGAGGUGCCCGCUCCGGCUGAGGAGGCGGCGCCAUCGCAGUCUGCGGCGUCGCGGCCAGGGCGCGCCACCAAGACCCCCGCCAAGCCACGGCCGGCGCCCACGCAGUCUGCGGCGUCCCGGCGCCGGACUGCAGCGGCCCCAGCCCCUUCACAGGAGCCAGCCAGCCCCAGCGUCACGCGGCGGAGCGCGAGGCUGGCUGCCCGCCCCACACGCAGCAGUGCACGGACUGGGGCGCCAGAUGGUGGCGAGGAGGUGGAGAAGGUGGUGGGCAGCCCCACGCGGUCAAUUCGGUCCCGGGCCAGGCAGGGAUGA